AUGAGCUCUUCAAGACUCGGAUCGACCUUCCUCGGCAGCAUCGCUCGCACCACAACCCGGUCUCGGCACUCUGCUCGGCUCGCCACGCUGCAGACCCGGCGUGGAUAUGCCCUGCCUACUGAGAUGGCCCCACCAGACGGCACCAACCUGCGCGGCUGGGCUCUGAUCGUCCAUCGUUCGAAGCAGGGUGCCGAGUUUGUGUACAAGUUCCGGUCGAGUCUCUUCACAGUCAUGCUCUGGAUGAUCACGGGCUCACUGGCGCUGGAGCUUCGCUGGAUCCGGGCGGAUGUGCAUGAAGAAAAGGAGCUUGCCGACCUGAAGGAGCGCAAGCUGCAGGCCGAAAUCUCAGAGAUCCGAGCACAAUGCGAUCCCGAGUACCGAAAUGCGCUCGAAGCCGCUCGCCAACAAGAGGCGAUGCAGCGGCUAAUCAAGCAGCAAGAGUUGCAGGAGCGGAUCCGACAGAGCCAGGCCAGACGGGAGCAAGCCAUCAACACCUCCACCUCUACCCUCUGGCUCCCGGCCCUGGCUGCUGUCUAA